UGAUGCCCAUGUGUCAGGAAUGAAGUUUUCUCUAAAAACAAGCAAACACCAAUGCACUUAAGCAUUCGUCCCAUAGUUUCUGGGGCUGGAUCUAACAAUGAGGAAUGCAAAGUUGAUUAUUCAUCCCUGACUUACUUCACUGCCAUUCAAAGGGAGACAUUCGGUUGAACAGCAGAAGAUGGCCUUUUUACGCCAGGAAGGUUAAUUCAACAAUCCAACAAUUCCAGUGAUCACCAGACAUCACUGAACAAAGCAAACACUUGUACCAACAAGUAUUCAGCUAGUGUUUGUUCAAUGUUCAAUGGGCCUGCCUUUUUGAAAACCUGUGCUGUCAUAUUAUCCAGUGCUGAUUGCGUGUGGACUAGCCCUGCCCUCCCAUUGAUUCACUCAGAAGCUGCCUCUCCUGCAGUCAGCAAUACUUCUUUACCGCUCUCCACAGCUUUGUAGGAAUGUUCACCUACAGGAUCACGGUGGCUACAGGCACAACGUACUACUCUGGAACAAACAAUUACAUCUAUGUCACACUGAUAGGAGAGAAAGGAGCAAGCCAGAGAACCAAACUGGAUAAGUGGCUGCAGAAUGACCUGGAGCGUGGAAGUGUGGACGAAUACGAGGUCAAAAGUGAGUGGGAGCUGGGCUCCAUCUGGUGGCUGCAGUUGCAGAAGGUGAAGUUUCUGGUGGAGGAUGACUGGUUCUGCUGUUAUGUGAUCGUGCAGACUCCCUCAGGCGAAAUACUGCACUUCCCCUGCUACAGGUGGCUGAGUGAGGAUGCCGUUGUCCGCGUUCGAGAAGGGACAGCAAAGCGACCCUAUGAUGACAAGUUGCCUGCACUGCAGUCUCAUCGUCAGAUGGAACUGAAGGACAGACAGAAGGUGUACAGGUGGAAGUUGUGGAAACCCGGUGUAACCAAAUGCAUUGAUGCUGAAACAGAGAAGGACCUUCACCCAGAUGUCAGAUUUGAUAAUGACAAGCGCAGUGACUUCGAACACUCCUUGCGCGUGGCUUUAGGGGAACUUUUCCUGAAGAAGUUUGUGAACAUGUUCGGAAACUCUUGGGAUAGCCUGGAAAGCUUUCAGAGGAUCUUCUGGAGAGUUAAGAGUCCUAUAGGAAACUUUGUGUUGAGUCACUGGAAGGAGGACUGGUUUUUUGGAUACCAAUUCAAGAACGGCUGUAACCCGUGCUUAAUCAGGAAGUGCACGGAGGUCCCAGAGAAGUUUCCGGUAACAAACGAUAUGGUCUACAAGUCCCUCGGGGGAUCCACGCUGGAGCAGGAGAUUAAGAAAGGAAACAUUUACAUCAUUGAUUACAAGCUCUUGGAUAGAGUUCCUGGCAAUGUAAUCAAGGGCAAUCAGCAGUACAUUGCAGCUCCGAUCUGUCUUCUGUACCAGGAUCCUGGGAACAGGCUGAUACCCAUCGCUAUUCAGCUCAGCCAAGUCCCAGGACCAGAUAAUCCCAUUUUCCUGCCCUCGGACACGGAAAAUGCCUGGCUUUUGGCAAAGACCUGGGUGCGGAGUUCCGAUUUCCAGUUGCAUCAGAUUGUCUACCACCUGUGCGGAACCCACUUGCUGGGGGAAGCGUUCUGCAUCGCGACCCUGAGACAGCUGCCUGCAGUGCACCCUAUCUUUAAGCUCCUCACCCCACACACAAGGUAUACGCUCGAGAUAAACACCAGGGCCAGAAGUGACCUCUUGGGAAAGGAUGGCGUCAUUGCCAGAGUGGUUGCCUCAGGAGGAGCUGGCCAGGACGUGAUUGCACAGAAAGCAUUUCAAUCUUUCACCUACCAAGCCAUGUGUCUGCCAGAUAACCUGAAGGAGCGCGGGCUUGAGGGAUUAAAAGAAUAUUAUUACCAAGAGGAUGGCCUCCAGCUCUGGUCUGCAAUCAACAAGUACGUCAAAGGCAUUACAGGCCUCUACUACGAGAGUGACCAGGAAGUACUCGAGGACACUGAACUGCAGGCUUGGCUUAAAGACCUGGUGCAGGAGGGAUUUCAGGAACUUCCAGGAGUCGAACUCCCAGCAGCCUUCCAAACCAGAGAGGAGCUGUUCAAAUUCCUAACCAUGGUGAUCUUCACGUGCUCGGCACAGCACGCUGCAGUCAACAACGGUCAGUAUGAUUGGUCCUGCUGGGUACCAAACAGCCCCUGUACAAUGAGACAGCCUCCACCAACCAGAAAGGAUGGCAUCUCAAUGGAGGAUCUCAUGGAGACCUUGCCGGACAUGAGUCAGUCCUCCGUGCAGAUGGCCUUCACAUGGCACCUGGGCCGACCACUUCCCAACAAGAUAUUGCUGGGCUGUUUUAAGGAGGAAUACUUCACAGAGGAAAGAGCCAAGAAAGUCAUCGCAGAGUUUCAGGAGGACCUGAAGCAGAUUGAGGAGCGGAUCCAGAAGCGGAACAAUAAGUUGCCUCUGAAAUACAAGGACCUGAUACCGUCAAACAUUGAGAACAGCAUCAGUAUCUGAGCCUUGCUCACUGCGGACUUCACUGCAGCCCCAUGUGGUCCAAUGAUGACUGAUCAGACCCACAACAGUGGCAGAAGGACUAUUCUACACCCCCAGGGCCCCAGUACUACAGAGAACAUACACACAUAUCAAUUAGGAGCAUGAGUCAGGCACAACAGGAAUGGGCGGGUUGUCUUAUGAGGAAAGGUUGAACACAUUUGACUUGUAUCCACUAGAGUUCCUCAGGAUAGUGUCCUCGGCCCAACCACCUUCAGCUGCUUCAUCAAUGACCUUUCU